AUUUGAAACGACAAAUUGAAUAAAUAGUGAGAGUGAAAUUGGAAGUGACGAAGUGGUAGUGAAUAGUGAUUCAUCCAUUCAAGUUCAAACCAAUCAAACAUGUGCACGCCACGCCACAAAACCAUGUGGUGUUUUUGAAACCAUUGGAAAGCCAAACAUUAUUCAUUUACAUAGUUACGAAACAAUUAAAAUUAAAAGUUGCGACACAAAGCCAAUUACAUUUUAUGAUUUUUUUUUCAGUCGAAAAGAUGGCAUUUCGAUUUUCAGACUGUAUUUUUGUUUUCAUGUUUAUUUCGUGGUCGGCUACUUUGGUUUCAUCGUUAUGUGAAGACAUAACAGGACGUUGGAGAAAUCAACUCGCAUCCGAAGUGGUCAUAGAUCAUUUACCAACGGGCGAAAUACGUGGCCGGUACUACACGGCUGUUAGUUCAAAAAAUACAGCUCUACCUGGUCAUAAGAUAGUUGGUGCUUUACCAUACAACAAACCUGGUUCCUCCUUUGCAUUUUCUGUCAACUGGCAAAAUGGAUCUUCAACCACAGUGUGGACUGGGCAAUGUCUAGAGUGUAAUGGUGAGGAAUUGUUGGAAACAUCAUGGUUGUUAAGAUCCAACGUUGAUUCAUGCAUCGAUUUAUGGAAGUCAACACGAAUUGGAAAAGAUGUCUUCAAGCGGAUAUCACAUAAAUUUGAAGUUCGUAUGAAUAAUGAUAUCACACCAUUGGCUAAACCUGCAAUGCAUGCUUGUGAUCUUAAUGGUGUAUGGUACAAUGACCUCGGUUCUGAAGUUAUUCUCAAUCAGACUUCCAAUGGUAGCAUAGUUGGUGAAUAUCGCACUGCAGUAGAACGUGAAAAGGGAGCAGCUGGUACAUCUCAUUCUUUAGUAUAUGGUUUAAGUGCUUAUGGAAACCCCAAAACAACAUUUUCGCUGAUGGUAGUUUGGCGAAAUGGUGCAUCUGUGACAGGCUGGAUAGGCCAGUGUCAUAUAUGUAAUAACACUGUUGUUUUGGAGAUGGGAUGGUUACUGCGAAGUAAAGAAACAUGUGCUAAUCUUUGGAAGUCUACCCUAUAUGGUACAAACACCUUCACACGCCAUGAACAAAAGGAUGGUCCUAGAAAGUCAAAGGGUGUACACACCCCAAAUAGAAAUGGUGAAGAUGGAGAAGGUGGAGGAGGAUUGUCAUGUUUUACAUCUGCUAAUGUUUUAUUAGUUCUGUCUUUUGUAGUCAUGAAUCUCUGUUUGCAAUACCAGGACAUCUUUUAAGUAAUAAUCAUUCAUAAACAUGUUUAUAUUCACAUGAUAAAUUUAAUCCAAUCUGGAAUGUUAAGAUUGAUUAAGAUCCAUAAACAUGUAUCCUAUGAAAAAAUUUACACAAUAAUCUUAAUCUAGAAGAUUGAUGAAGACUGAUUAAGACUCAUAAACAGGUAACUUAUGUAAACAUUCACACGAUAAUUUUGAAGUAAUCCGUAAAAUUUAAAAACGACGAUCAUUUUGAAGUGUAUAACGAAGUAUAUAUGAAAUAUUUCGUCGAAGGAAUAAAUUUGAAAAAUAA